UGUCUUCUCUCCCAGAGCGGAGAAUUACAGGGUGAGCGGGAAAUUCAAAACCAUCAACGAUUCUGUGUUCAGCCAAUCAAAAGAAAAGGGGGAGGGGCCGGAAAUGUAAAUUCAGUUAAAGGAAACGCCCAUGAGGACGUUAUCUUGUUACAGUUCUCCUUCUGGUCCGCUUAUGUGCUAUAUAAACUAGGACGCCGCGCCUCAGACUUUGUUCAUUCUAUUGUCUACCAACAGGAUGUCAGGACGCGGCAAAGGAGGGAAAGGUCUCGGUAAGGGCGGAGCCAAGCGGCACAGGAAGGUGCUCCGGGAUAACAUCCAGGGCAUCACCAAGCCUGCUAUCCGCCGUCUAGCUCGCAGGGGAGGUGUGAAGCGCAUCUCCGGCCUCAUCUAUGAAGAGACUCGCGGUGUCCUGAAGGUUUUCCUGGAGAACGUCAUCCGUGACGCCGUCACCUACACCGAGCACGCCAAGAGGAAGACCGUCACUGCUAUGGACGUGGUGUACGCCCUCAAGCGCCAGGGCCGGAGGACACCACAGAGUCUGUAUCCGAGGAGCGGGGAAUCAGUGAUCAUGGCCAGGACCAAGCAGACCGCUCGUAAAUCCACCGGAGGGAAAGCUCCCCGCAAGCAGCUGGCUACCAAGGCCGCAAGGAAGAGCGCUCCCGCCACUGGUGGGGUGAAGAAGCCUCACCGCUACCGUCCAGGUACAGUGGCUCUCCGUGAAAUCCGCCGCUACCAGAAGUCCACUGAGCUGCUGAUCCGGAAGCUCCCCUUCCAGCGCCUGGUGAGAGAGAUCGCCCAGGACUUCAAGACCGAUCUUCGCUUCCAGAGCUCGGCGGUCAUGGCCCUGCAGGAGGCCAGCGAGGCUUACCUGGUGGGACUCUUUGAGGACACCAAUCUCGUUGCUGUAGUGGUAUCGAUGUCAGGACGCGGCAAAGGAGGGAAAGGUCUCGGUAAGGGCGGAGCCAAGCGGCACAGGAAGGUGCUCCGGGAUAACAUCCAGGGCAUCACCAAGCCUGCUAUCCGCCGUCUAGCUCGCAGGGGAGGUGUGAAGCGCAUCUCCGGCCUCAUCUAUGAAGAGACUCGCGGUGUCCUGAAGGUUUUCCUGGAGAACGUCAUCCGUGACGCCGUCACCUACACCGAGCACGCCAAGAGGAAGACCGUCACCGCUAUGGACGUGGUGUACGCCCUCAAGCGCCAGGGCCGCACUCUCUACGGCUUCGGAGGUUAAUUCUGCUUCUACUCUGCUCCAUCUCAUCAACCCAAAGGCUCUUGUCAGAGCCGCCCACAUGUUCUAUGGAAAGGCUAGAAUUACUUGUAACUUGAGCGAUCGGUGUUGUGCUCUGGAGGCUGCGGUGUUUGUUCUUCCCAAUUCUGCCUUAAUCUCCGCACUUGAUCAGUCUGUCGGUGUUUCCUGCUCCUUCACUAUCUGCUCCGGGAGAUCUCCCCUGAAUGUUCUGACUACUGCACUCAUCCACCGUGAUUAUCAUUACUCUCACAAUCUACAUCAUUCCUCUCCUCCAUAUUACAUUACUUCCCUUCCUAAAGAGUCCGUG